AAACCCUGUAUACUCUUUUCUGUCAGGUGGAAGUACCUCCAGUUACUCACAGCUACCAGAGCUUCACGGUGAUCAACACAAGUCCAGUCAGGAAAUGCCAGCGUGCAAGAGGAAGGAGCAGGACACGGCAAAGGACCGCAACAACACGCCAAAGAAGUCGCGGCUGGUCUUCACGGACCUGCAGCGGCGCACCCUGCUGGCCAUCUUCAAGGAGAACAAGCGGCCGUCCAAGGAGAUGCAGCUCACCAUCUCGCAGCAGCUGGGCCUCGAACUCACCACCGUCAGCAACUUCUUCAUGAACGCCCGCCGCCGCAGCCUGGACAAAUGGACGGACGACGGGGGCAGCCCCGGCGCCCAGUCCUCGGCGUCCAGCACUUGUACCAAAGCGUGAUGAUAGAUGGCUAGCGGGGGGACGCGGGGGAGG